GUGCGCAUGCGCAGAUGAUUGUUGGCUGUGUCUUCGUCAGUGUGACUUAUAACAGUUGUAGCUUAUUGUGGUACUGCGCAAGUACGCUUUUCUGUCGAAGAAACGUUAAUACAGUGUGUAAAAUAGCGUUUAAGUAACCACACAUGGCUCUCAGAAGGUGUUGGAGGUUUUCCGGUGUUGUCCCUCGGCUUUUAUGGAGUACUACCGUCCAGCCUGGGGCGUCCGUCCAGGGACUACGAAGCUCUGUGUCCGCCUUUGUCAACACUCACCCCGUUUGCAUAAACACAGAGUUGCUAUUCCGUAGGUUCAGUUCAGAGCCGCAGGUCACAGAAGUGAGUUACGAGCAGCUGAAGCAGCUUCUGGCCAGUCGGAAGGCUGUAGUUAUAGAUGUCCGGGAGCCCUGGGAGCUCAGAGAGUACGGCAACAUCCCCGGCUCCAUUAACGUCCCCUUGGGACAAGUGAACACUGCCCUCCAGCUGGGUCCGGAAGAGUUCAAAGAAAAGUACGGUGGUGAAAUGCCCCAGCAGACAGAUAACAUUGUGUUCAGUUGUCUUGCGGGGAUCAGGAGCAAGAACGCGCUCGACACGGCCGCCUCGCUGGGAUACAAAGAUGCUCAGCAUUACCCUGGUGGAUGGCAAGACUGGAUGAAACAGGAACAGCAUAAAUAAACCAGUGACAAAGGAAUAGAAAACAUUUAUAUAUAUAUUUAAAGCUCUUUUUUUUAAUUACCUCAGAUCAGGCUGUAAAGUGAGAAUGUGUUGCAAGCAGUCUCAUAAAGGGUUUUUAAAAAGUCGCGGCACUUUGUUGCAGUUUCAUGAGCUGUGAUUUAAGUUUUCCUGAUCUGUGAUUCCCAAAGAGUGAAACCAGAGGGCUGAAUGAACCCAAAACAUCUGCUGCUGAAAAUUUAAAACCUACUGCAUUAUUACUUGAAGUCAGCAUAGAACUAUUUAUAAACCCUUUACAACUUCUUUAAAAGUUCAAAUAUAGCCAGCUGUAAUGUACAAAAAGUCCUAACAACUGUGUGUCCAACCUAUGCAAAUGACUCCAUAACUGUGUAUGAAGGUGUGUCUUCCAUUGCUCAAUACAAAUUGUUUUAACUGUGCAGGUUGAUGUAUUGUAAAUAUUAAAUAGCUUCACAGUCAAUUCAGUUGUUGCCAACAUAAUUUAAUUAAUACAAUUAUAGUUUUGAUUAACAGUAAUA